UUCACACUCCAGCCAGAGAAUGGCAAUAAUACGCAGUACAGCGUGUAGUCUGAAGGAAACGGACAAGAAGUAAACGGAAGAGACGAAGAACAACUUCCACGUUAGCGUUUUUAUUUAGACGUUUUAACGUCCUGGAACUCAAAAUAUGAUUAAUUUAACUGCACAUCAUCAUCCCAUGUUGUGUUUAGUUCGAGUUGGAGACAGGAUUUGUUUGAUAGCUAACUAGCUAGCUGCUAAAGUUAGCCAACAAUGGCUAACUGUAUGAUUUUUCGCACUCAAAUAGCCUCCAUCAUGGAGGUUCUAGCGAAUGCAGCCGUGGCAGAGAUCUGUAAACUCGUAGACGACGACUAUGCAGUGUUUCGUUUGGAAAUAACUCAAAGCCAGAAAGAAAACAGGGCAUUGCGGAGGAAACUACUGGAAUCGAAGGUUGUACGGGAGCGCGCAGAAAGGACAGCGCGAGAGCGCGUCCUCGCCAGUCGCCCCAGUAGUGCCAAGAUCCUCGACCGAUACAAAGGAAUGGCAAGAGGUGAAGGACAUCUCACUGGAGGCUACAGGACCUUUGUGAAGCCAGCGGGACACAAUGAAUGGAGAGAUGACCAACCAAUCACUGUUGAUGAGGGGAGUGGAACCUCAACCCAGCACGUUAUCAUGAUAGAGUCUGCAGAGGCUGAAGGUCCUGCUGUCAAGCUAGAGAGGUCUGAAGGAGAGGAGGACCCACGGCACAGCAGAGACAUCCAGACUGGAACGGCUGACACGCCCUCUGUAGCCAGAGAGGACCCCACCACCGCCCAAGCACAGCCAAGGACCCAUCACAGCAUCACGGAGGUCAGUGGAAUGCCGAACACCAUCCUCAAGUCAGAGACAAACACCAAGACUUUAACUGUAACACACAGUCUCUUACAAACAGGAUCUGACCACAGAUCAGACCCAAAGAGACUGGGGCCGGGGAGACUGGGCUGUCUUCCUGCUCCCGGCUCAGAGUACUUACCAGUAUUUCACCAGAGCCAGAGAACGGUUAAUUCCCGUGGGGAUGGUGAUGGUAACGCUUUAGACACUGGCGGUGAUGAUUCAUCUUGUUCUUACGCUACAGAGAUGGACCCUGGCUACAUAUCCUUGGGUUUCGAGACACAAACUGAUCUGUCUAGAGGGGACUGGAACCAGUACAGUAGUGGUAGUGUAUACUCUGAAGGGUGCCUAGAUAAGAAAGGGGAGAGUCUGGUCAUAGAUGAAGUGACUGUGAAAGUGGAGGGCGACGUUCCUCCCACAUGGAAUGCAAAUAGUCACCUAGGAGACGGAAACUCACAGAGCAGAGAUGUCUUAGAUUACAGGGAAAGCAUAGAGACAAAUCUAAAUGUCUCGACCCACUCCCCUUUACACACGUUCAGGGAUUGUGACCCAGUGUCCACAUUGAUGGGGCCUUCCAAUUUACACAGCCGUGUCCUUUUCGAUCAGGUAUUGAACUCAAACGACACGGCUAGAGCCCAGACUCAGGGAGGGGGAGCCACAUCAGGCAAUGGUAAAGAGAAACGGUUCCUCUGCAUGUUCUGUAACAAAGGCUUCAGCUGCCUCCAGAAUGUGGAGGUCCACCAAAGGAUCCACACAGGGGUGAAACCCUUCAGCUGUACCCAGUGUCACAUGCACUUUGCCCAGGCUGGCACUCUGAAGAGGCACCAGAGUGUUCACACAGGGGUGAAACCCUUCAGCUGUACCCAGUGUCACAUGCUCUUCGCCCAAGCUGGUGACCUGAAGAGGCACCAUAGGGUCCACACGGGUGAGAAACCCUACAGUUGCCCCCAGUGUGAGAAGAGAUUCACCCGCCAGCACCAGCUGAAGAUGCACCUGAAGGUCCACACGGGAGAGAGGCCACUUACCAAAACGCACUGCAGGAAGAGGUUCUCAGAAAGGAGCUAUCUCAGGAUACACCAGCAGAAAAACCAUUCCACUGGAUAGCUUCUGAUGUUUAGAUCAAACCGUGCAAUAAAGACAAAUAUAAAUUUUCAUUGUCAGCAGAAAAGACCCACAGAUGCAUUUGGAAUAACGACAGUAACAGAUUAUUGUUGAAUAUUGCAUUCAGACAUAAAACAUCUGUUACAUAUUGUGUUUGUAUUGUGUAGGCUGUAUUAUUUUCAUUACAUCCAUUCAACUAUCCGCCCCACCCAAUACACUUUUAAUGAGAAAGUGAAUGCAGUUUCUCAAGCUCAUGCAGAGUUUUAGCUGAGACAUAUGUGUGAUUUUCAUAUGGUGUAUUUAAAACUUGUUUGUUUAAUAAUGCAAAAUGGGACUUUUCAGUCUGACUUUCAUUGAGACUCCCUUAACAGACAGUGUACAAAACAUUAGGAACAUCUCUUUCCAUGACAUAGACUGACCAUAAGAUGUGAUCCCUUAUUGAUUUCACCUGUUAAAUCCACUUCAAUCUGUACAGAUGGAGAAGAGACAGAUUAAAGAAUUUUUAAGCCUUGAAA